CUCUCCUUAGACGAGAGCAAUUGCUCCCUUUUGUUGUUGGGGUUAGGGUUUUUCACGUUUUCGCUCGAACUCUUGUAUAGCUAGGGUUUCUGUCUUUCUCUCUGUUUUCUUGAUUGUUGAUACAGACGAAGUGAGUUGUGCUGGAAUGGGAAGGUAUAGAAGCCGGAGCAGAAGCUACAGCCCUAGGCGGCGUAGCAGAAGCCCUCCGCCGCGCGGACGCAAGCGCUACGUUGAUGAUCGCCACGGUGAUAGCAGGUCCUACAGAGACCGGCGCUCCCCUCUUCCUUCUGGCUUGCUUGUUCGUAAUCUCCCCCUUGAUGCUAGGCCUGAAGAUCUUAGGAUCCCAUUCGAGCGCUAUGGUCCUGUGAAAGAUGUUUAUCUUCCUAAAAAUUACUACACUGGUGAGCCUCGGGGCUUUGGAUUUGUGAAAUAUCGAUAUGGUGAAGAUGCAGCUGAGGCAAAGCAUCAUCUUAAUCACACUAUCAUUGGUGGACGUGAAAUAAGAAUUGUGUUUGCUGAGGAAAAUAGGAAAACUCCUCAAGAGAUGCGUUUUACUUCUCGUGGAAGUGAUCGGCAUGGAGGUGGUAGAAGGAGGACUCAUACAAGAUCCCCAAGACGACGAUAUGAUUCCUACUCUCAGUCUCCAUCACCAGCUAGGGAUGAUUCAAGGAAUGGCAGGGGUAGGGAUGAUUAUUAUUCUCCUGAGCGAUCAAGAUCUUAUUCUAGGUCUCUCUCUCCUAGUGGUGGGAAGGACUACAGGGGGUCCCCACGUCCCAGGGAGAAUGGUCGGAGUCCUAAUGACAAAAAGGAUCGGACACCUAGCAGCAGAUCAGAAAGUCCCAGGGGUAAUGAUCGCAGCCUUUCAAGGUCUAGUUCACGGUCAUACAGUCCCCGUUGAUUUGCUAUCAGGCAUGUGAUUUAAUGGUGGUCAAUUUGAUCUUUACUGUGGCCAAAUACUGUUGCUGAACUUGGACAUUUUGGAAGAGAGACGAAAUCACGAAUGUAGCUUAGCAGAAUCCGUGAUGUUAAUUUUUGUUGUUGUUUUGCAGGACUCUGCAGUAGCCUGUUUCAUUAGUUUCCCGAAUACUCUAGUUGUUAAUAAACUUAGUUUAAAACUUGGUAUUUUGUGAAUUAUCUAGUUAGUAUGGUUGUUCCAUGAUGUUAAUCGUCAAAAAAGACUACCAAGCAUAACUUGCCAGAUCGUUAUUGACUUAUUGUCUUGAUGCUCUCCGUUUCAUCUGUUC